AUGCAGAAUGCUGUUAGAAGAGUUAAACGUGCAAGAGAGGUUGGGAGAAAAAUUCAAGCUAUAAAGAUCAUACAACAAAAAUGGCUAGAGUAUUUCUACAGACCCGAAGAUCCACUUGAAAAUUUAUCAUAUAAUUAUAAUAACAAAGCUAGUGUUAAGACACAUAUAGACAUGAUUAACCAAGAAUCCCAAACCCAAGAUACUAUUCCGAUUUGUUCAUGUAAUCAGACACAUAGGUGUUUUUGCUUCGUAUGUGAGGAUGAGAUUAAUCACCGGGUUAAGAAAGAGGUCAAUGUUUUAUUUCAACGAUUAUUGGAAUACAACGAAAAAACUUUUGAUAAAUUUAUGCGAGAAAUUAAUAUAGAGCAUAAAAAGCGGGUUAAUGAAAAUAAAAAAUUAUGA